GAAUUGCAUCGAAUUGUUUCAUAUACGUUACUGAAGGUACCUUCAAGUAGGCUGCUCUGUCCUAUCGUUCAACCCAAAGAUGACUUCAAGCGCGUAAUUUGGCUUUAUCGUCGAUUAGCAUGGAAGGGCGUGUUUUUGUGUUAUGCCUCUGAAUUGCUGAUAUGCUAUUAUAGUUGUCUCAUUAAUGACUGAUAAAAGAAAGUUAUUUGAUGCGUGACCAAGUUUUGCUUUUUCAUAUCUUGGGCUGAAACAAAAAUUUAAAUUAUGAUAUCAUGGAAUUUAUAAAGAAUUUGCAACUUUGUUUGUGUAUCUUUAAGAUGCCAGUUUGUGUGAUGUAAAUCAUUCUGUUGUUGGCCAGUUUUGCGUAAGUUGUUCUAACAGCAGAAAUGCUAGGUGCCAGAGUCUACACGUUUUCUUUAAGGCAAAGAAGAUAUAAAUAUGAAGGUUCUCAACAGGUGAAUAAUUUUAUAUUAACAGGAUACAAGGUGAAUCUGACUUAGUGCAAAGCAAUGAGACUAGCGUGAUAAUCUAUAAACAUGUCCUAGAUUGAAACUUGCAGCUCUGUCCAGCCAGACCAUGAUUAUAUCUAUAUUCAAGUGUUUUGACUUCAUAUGUUUGUUUUGUCAAUCAAAGGUGUUGUAAAAUUAUGAAUUUUUUUAGUUAAACCAUGGAUUGCUGUCGCCAGUUUUUAAAUGGAUUUGACACCUCACAAGCACAAGCUUAUUCUCAUGUAUCUUACUAGUUUCAUUCCUAAAACCAAUAAAAUAAAUAUAGUUUAUUGUCUAGUUGCUAUAGCAGGGCAUUGUUAUAGUUGACAUCCCACAUCAAUAAGCAUCUCUUUUAACCUUGAACUUGAUUCUUAUAUUUGACAUCCCAGUUUGAUAAGCAAUCUUGUACUGAGAUUUUCUAGCAAAAUAGCUCAUCAUUGUUUUGACUUCAUCUUCUUGAAUCGGCAGUGCUGUGUGGGAUUCGAUGAAAUUUAGGCACUCUUUUUUUCAAAGCUUGUUUUUAAUUGAAGUAGCUGUUGUAAUAUUUCUUUGCCUUCAUUGGGUUAUGGAACUUAGGAUCUAGAUGCCACUUCUCAGUCAUUUUGGUUGGUAUCUGCUAGUAUUUAUGAUCUGUCCUUGCUGAGAAGUACUGCAAAUUAGCACAUUGCCUCCCUGGUAAGAAGUAAUAACCUCCUGCAAGCUUGGAGGAAGUAGAAUUUAUCUCUGAACCAGUAGUUGAUGUAGAAGAUGACUGAGUUUUUUGUGUUGGUCAUUACAAUUUUGUUUUCUGUCUGGCUAUGUUUUUGCAUUUAACUGGAUCUAGAGUCCGAUCUGGCAAGUGACUUUGCAUGUUUGAUUGAUCCAGUGAUAUCUUGAUUGCUGGAUGAAUACACUUGCUAGACUUGUUGUUGGCUCUAUAGAAUGCCCAGUGAAAUUUUACUUGUCCAUGUGAAGGCGAUCUUCACAUAUCUAGUAACUGGAGUGUGUAGCACUAGUAAAUCUUACGGCCAUUCAAAGUGUGCAUGAACAAUGGUUUCCAGUCUUAAUGGAGCACUACUUCCCCUACAAGAACAUCUUGGUAGAUCUGAAGUUAUUGUGCAUGUCAAACUCCAGUAGAAUUCGAGUCCUUCAUCAACCAUACAGAUGGUAAAGAAAACAACAAUGUGUCAAUGAAAUUUGAUGAGAUCAAAGUACAUAUAAAUGAUUUUGCACGCAGCUUACAUAUGUCCCGUGUUUGCUUAUAGUGGUGUUGUGGGCUUUUGCAUAGUUUCUCUAGCAAAUUCGGGCAUCUGUCUAUGCCUACAUAGCAAGUAACUCUGAAAGCCAAGGGCUAUUUGUUAGAUGAUGAUUGUAGUUCUUCUGAGUAGCAGAAAAAAAGUGUGAAUGCUGCAUAGUUAGACACAGCUUUUAGGAUGAUUCAGUUGUCCGGUCGUGCUCUGUCUCGCCUGUCCUGUCUUACUAUAAACAUAACCGGAAGCCAGCAUGCCAGCAUAAGCACCAUGAAAAUAGGGGACGCAUGACCAAGAUAAGCUCUGAAGUUGCUUGGUUCAAUGAUUAGUGCCAUUCGUUGAUGAUUAUCUGGAACUCUCUGGAAAUGACGUUGGACAGCAGUACUUGCAUGGUGAGUACUGCUUAUAAAGCCUUCAUGGGCAAGCCUAAGAAUAUGAGAGAUUGACUGUGCUAAUCAUUGUAGAAAUUUUUCAUGUGAUUUGAGCCCAAAUUCUAUUACGCAUCUGUGAAUAUGUGUGGAUUCCGAUGAAGACAUUACACCACGGGUGAAGAAGGCUCCGAUUUCAUCCUCCAUCUUAUUCUUCCAGAAAUUUCAUUUUAAGGCAUCGUGAGAGAGGAUCAAACCCUGCUUCGCGUAGGGUCAAGUGUUCUUAUUUGCAAACAGGCCCACCACCUUCUUGAUUAAUUGCCUUUGAUUUCGGUUCUGUGUAAGCUCACGUGACUGGCUCACUCUUUCGGUUUUGAUUGACUUGACUUUAGUCAAGUUCAAACGAUUACUCAAAUCACGGGGUGCUCCAGGGGGUAUCGAGGAGCUCGGUUUGAAUAUCAACUUGUAAGAGGGAUAGUAAUUAGAUCCACCGCCAGCUUGACGAAAUUUUUACUCACUAUUGGAUGAUGGAACAUCUAUUGUUUGUAAAUAUCAACCUUACCCUUUUCAGAGCAUUUGAAUAUCAAGUUGCGCAUCACAGAUCAUGCAUGCCAGGCUAUGGCUACGUCCAUCUCUUUGCUGUCGCCUAUUUCCAUAGGCCACUGCCAUGGACCAGCAACGGUAGCAUUGUCGUGUAUACAUUGUAUUCCUGAAACACGUUCUCAUAUGUACAACAUGCUCUCGAACAGUUUGGUAGGUGAUCGGGUGCAUUCAAAGUUCCAACCUCCCACCGCUCCAUUAAAACCUGUCUUCAUGAGCGUGCAUCGGGCAAUGUCCUUUGUCAUUUUCUUUAUAUCCCGUCAUCUCUCCGCCUCAGAUUGUUUCCCGUUGUCAUUUCUACUCCCAACCUAUCUGUCUCUAUCUCGUGAGCAACAAAUACCCAUGAAUGAGCCAUGAACACUGAAAAGGACGACCAAGGUCUCCCUGCCGAAGGCCGAAACUCCCUCAGAGGACGACGUUGCCUUGUAUUCCUGCUCGCAGUGCCCCUCCUCCUCUUCCUCCUCUCCGUUGUUGCUCUUGUACUCUCCCUCACCCUCCUCAAGCCGAGAGAUCCCACGGUCAGCGUAGCCUCUGCCACCCUCAGCGGCAUCUCUCCGCAAGUCACCUUAUUUCCUGUCCUGAAGAUCGAGCUCAACGUCACCCUCAACAUCAUCCUCCUUAUCCACAACCGCAACCACUUCAGCUUCAGGCAUGGGCCCGGCAAGAGCAUCGUCUUGUACCGAGGCGGACAAGUCGGUGAGGCAGAGCUGCUUCCAGGGGAGAUCCCCGCAAGGAAGUCGGCAGAGAUGCCUUGCAGGCUGAUGCUGGAGGUGGACAAAGUAAUGGCGGAGGACGUGGCGUCGCUGGUGAGGGAUGUUUUGGGUGGGGAAGUCGUGGUCAAAAGCAGGACAAGCAUCCCAGGAAGGGUGAGGCUGUGGAAGGUGUUGAGGAGGCACGUGGUGGCGACGUCGGAGUGCCAGUACACAAUCGGAGUGCCGGCGAUGACGAUUCAGAGCCAGGAUUGCAAGUACGAGACCAAGUUUUGACUUUGUUUCGAGCAAGAGUUUUUGUCUGAAUGGAUUAGUAUAUGCCUCAGGGAAAGAGGUUCAUUCGUCAUGCAUGAUCUCUUUGUCGUGUUUAAU